AUGAUAGAAGUUCCUCCUGGAUAUCUAACUCGAGAGCAAAGAGAGGCUCGUUUAAGAGAAUGGGCCAUUAAACACGGCGAGGAUCCAGAUAAAUUAUGCUCAGACACAGAUAUGAUUCAGUUCACAAAAGAUACUAACGAUGAUCCAGAUACAUUAAUGGAUAUGUCUAGGCGUGAACGGUUAAUAAGUGAAGAAAUUAUGCUCAGGAUGUAUGAAGAUGAUGUUGAAUUUUG